AUGACGUCGCUCUCAUUGUGGAGUAAAUGUCGUCCAUUUGUUAGUUUCAUUAGCAUGCAGGGUCAUCGGCCAGCACUGCUGUCUUCUGGACCUUACAGCACGAGGAAAGAUUGCUAUUCCAGACAGAUGAGUAGCAUGUCAGAGUCCAAGCCCAAGACUGGGAUCAUGAUGAUGAACCUUGGAGGGCCCGAGAAUCAAGAGGAAGUUCAUGACUUUUUACUUCGCCUGUUUCUAGAUAAAGAUCUGAUCCCACUGCCAGCUCAGAACCACCUGGCACCAGUUAUUGCAAAGAGGAGAACGCCUCGAAUUCAGGCACAGUAUGCAAAAAUAGGAGGGGGCUCGCCGAUCAAGCGUUGGACUACUUUGCAGGGUGAGGGAAUGGUCCAAAUUUUGGAUAAAAUCAGCCCAGAAUCUGCUCCUCACAAAUUUUACAUCGGUUUUCGCUAUGCUAAUCCACUAACCGAGGACACUAUUGAAAGGAUGGUACAGGAUGGAGUCCAGCAUGCAAUUGCAUUCACACAGUACCCACAGUAUAGUUGCUCCACCACUGGCAGCAGUUUGAAUGCCAUAUUUCGUCACUACAACCAGAAGGGCAAUCCUGGGAAUAUGGUCUGGAGUGUCAUUGACCGCUGGCCCACCCACCAUGGCUUGGUACGGGCUUUUGCUGAUAAUAUUAGAAGUGAAAUCAAGAAGUUCCCCGAAGAAGAUCAGGAUGAUGUUGUGAUUUUGUUCUCGGCUCACUCUCUUCCAAUGAAAGUGGUCAAUCGAGGUGAUCCAUAUCCAACUGAGGUUGCUGCCACAGUUAGUAGAGUUGUGGAGGAUCUUGGACACAGCCAUGCCUACCGUCUGGUGUGGCAGUCCAGGGUUGGGCCACUGCCUUGGCUAAGUCCACAAACAGAUGAAGCCAUUAAAGGUCUGGUCAACAGAGGCAGAAAAAACAUCUUGCUUGUCCCUAUUGCUUUCACCUCAGACCACAUUGAAACUCUGUUUGAGAUUGACCAUGAAUAUAUUGAGGAGCUGGGAUCUGAAGUCGGUGCCAAGAAUAUUAGACGUGCCUCCAGCCUCAACAACAACCCCAUUUUUAUCGAAGCCCUGGCGGAUAUUGUCAAGCAGCACAUAGAUUCUCGAGUUGGCUGCACUCCACAGCUGGCCUUGCGCUGCCCUAUGUGUGUCAACAUUACUUGUGGUCAAGCCAAAGAUUUUUUCAAAAAUCAGCAAGAUCAAUUAGACGCAUUUUAUCGUGUUUCCUCUGAAAGAAUUAGCACUAAAGCACGGAAUUAG